UUUUUUUUCGUACCGAAGCGUCAAAGCCGUUCAUCCGCUCGCGUCUGAUGGUUAUCACCUUGAAAAUCAAUCGGCCAUUCGCCGGAGCGCGACUACUUCCUUCGUUAUUUCCGUAUCACCGCGAUCACCGGACUUUGAAGGAACAUUCGGGCUAACGACGACACUCACUUUUCUCACCGCGGCAACUCGAAAACUUGCAUUUUCUGGCACAAAUUCUCCACAAAAUCACUUCCGCGUGUGACGUAGUAUCUCAAUAGGGAACGAGGAAAGACGUUGCUUUCCCAACUCAGCAAAAUGAGUACCCGUAUGUAAUCAUCUACUUGCCUCCUUCGAUGCGAUACUAAUAUUAUUUUUAACGAGUCGUGACGACGUCGAGUUUUAACUGGUCGAUUUUAAGAAGAACGGAAACUUUCGUCCAAUCAGUGACACGACGAUAUUCUCUGUCCUGAGCCUUCGAUCGUGCUCAUUGGUUGAGUCAAUAACGCUUUCUCAUUGGUAAUCUCUAUUUAAACUUCUAUUAUUCGUCGAAGAUUCACUCCGCUAGAUAUAUACAUGAUUAAUGUAGAAGGGUGAUAAUUUUCGUUCGUAAUUUUAUUAUUAAAUGUUUGUUAAAUAUGGUGAUAGCUAUAGGUUUCGAGGGUAGUGCGAAUAAAUUAGGUAUUGGAAUUAUACGUGACGAUGAGAUUUUAUCUAAUGUACGAAAUACUUACAUCACACCACCGGGCGAAGGAUUUUUACCACGUGAAACUGCGGAGCAUCAUCGAAAAUGUAUAAUUGAUGUUCUUAAGGAAGCAUUGCACAAUGCCAAAGUUUCUAUGAAAGAGAUCGACGUCAUAUGUUAUACGAAAGGACCAGGAAUGGGUGGUCCUUUGACAGUUGCUGCGUUAGUGGCUCGUACUAUGGCUCAAAUUUACAACAAACCGAUGGUAGCGGUCAAUCAUUGUGUGGCUCAUAUCGAAAUGGGUCGUUUAAUUACUGGUAGUACAAAUCCUACUGUGUUAUAUGUGUCAGGUGGAAAUACACAAAUUAUUGCAUAUUCUCGUCAAAAAUAUCGCAUAUUUGGAGAAACAAUAGACAUUGCCGUUGGCAAUUGUCUAGAUCGUUUUGCAAGAUUGUUGAUGCUUUCCAAUAAUCCAAGUCCUGGAUACAACAUUGAACAGCUUGCAAAAAAGGGAAAGAAGUUGGCUCCAUUGCCAUACGUAGUAAAAGGAAUGGAUGUAUCUUUCUCUGGUAUUUUAAGUCAUAUCGAGGAACAUCUUUCUAAUUGGAUCAAGAAUGAAGAAUAUACACCAGAAGAUUUAUGUUUUUCUUUGCAAGAAACAGUUUUUGCCAUGCUGAUUGAAAUCACUGAAAGAGCGAUGGCUCAUGUGGGAGCAAACGAGGUAUUAAUCGUGGGUGGUGUUGGAUGUAAUGAAAGAUUACAGGAAAUGAUGUCAAUCAUGUGUAAGGAAAGAAAUGCAACAUUGUAUGCAACUGAUGAAAGAUUUUGUAUUGACAAUGGCGUUAUGAUCGCUGUCGCGGGAUUGUUACAAUAUAAGAAUGAUGGUCCUACCCCUUGGAUCGAGACGACCUGUAUACAAAGGUAUAGAACCGACGAUGUACACGUUACGUGGAGAACCUAAGAUGUUGAAUUUUAAUAAAAAUAUGAUUAUUUUAUUUUCUGAAGGUA